GUCCUCCUGCCGGCCCGCUCCCGUGCUGUGCUCGCCCACCUGCCCGACCCGACCGGCCACGCGACGCUGCCGCCGGCCGAGCGCUCCAGAAGAUGCGACACCGUGCACGCCGCCGCGAGCGGCGCGGCGCCACGGCAGAGCGGACGGGACGAGUCCGGACGCUUCCAAGGAUGAUGGGCUCGGCGUCUCCGCCCUCCGGUCCGGGGUGUGUCGGGCCGUCGAACUGGGUGGGCGCGCGCAGCAGCAGCCGGCAGACGGAUCGAGCUGGGGACCGAUCAAGAGACAUGUCGCCGAGACGGCACAUGCCUGGCUGGCUUCUGGCUGAACAGCAGAAGUGAAGGGUGCGUGGCGGGCUGUGAAAUCCAAGAGUGGGCUGGGCAACAUAUGGGCUGACAUCGCAACCAAGAACACCCCCCCGGCGUCACGAAGCCCACACAGGUGCGGCAGCAAAUCUGGCUCGAUGAGAUUUGAAUCCAACAAAGAAACCAAAUUUCUCGGACCACCAUUUUCACCUCACCGUGACACUGUCCAUGAUCACGACUCAUCACGAGCCGGAUUCAGUCAAGAGUUGCCGCGAGGGGUAUAUGUGGAAGUUGGAAAAUUUCGGGGUGCGCCCGUGCAUCCCAGCACCGUCAGCUGGAUCCGCCCCCGCGGUGGCGGCAUGAGCGGCGGGGCGUCGCUGGGGCUCAGGCCGUCGGGGAGCUAUGGAUCGCUGCCGCAGCAGCAGCAGCAGCCAGGCGGCUGCCAUUCGUCGCCGUCGCCCGCGCCGUCGGUGUCCCCGCCGGUCGCCGCGCGGAAGCCCGCCAAGAUGUCGCUCGGCGGGGCGGGCGGCGGCGGCGGCCCGCGCGUGUUCGCGCGGAUCUGCAAGCUCGCCGGCCGCCGCCAGCGGAUGCUGCUCCUCCUCCUCGUCGCCGUCGCGGUGGCCUUCUGCUUCCUCUUCUCAUCACUUGUCAGUAAAGAUGAAGAUGCAUCACCUGGUGUUGAGACGAUGCUUGUAUUUUCUGAUCAUGUCCGGAGCUUUGUGAACCCUGUUUGGACAUCAUCUGGCAGAUCAGUAGCCCAGAGAGAUUCACUGACUGCGAAUGGUCUGGUUACAGGAUCACAGAUGGAAAGACAAUCUGAUAGUAGUCAAAAACAAGUUCAGGGUCUCAUACGGAGUUUUCCACCAGCUGUUGUUCUGAAUCACCAUCCUUGUGAAAAUUUCUCUUUGUCUCCUCCACCUAUUGAUAGAAAACGUACUGGACCACGACCCUGUCCAGUUUGUUAUUUGCCUGUUGAGCAAGCACUGGCACUGAGACCAGCUCAGCCAUCCACAUCACCUGUCCUUCAAAGCUUAAAUUAUAUGUCUGAAGAGAAUUUAGUUUCCAAAGAUUCAAAUGGUGGUUCUUUGUUUGGAGGUUAUCCAUCCCUGGAGGAACGAGAUAAAUCUUACGACAUAAAAGAUUUGAUGAAAGUACAUUGUGGAUUUGUAAGAGGGACGAUACCUGGUCUUAAUACCGGGUUCGAUAUUGAUGAAGCUGAUCGUUCUGAGAUGCAGCAGUGCCAGAGGACUGUUGUUGCCUCUGCUAUUUUUGGAAACUAUGAUAUACUGCAACAACCAGAAAACAUCAGUGAAUCUUCGAAGGAUACUGUUUGCUUCUUUAUGUUUCUGGAUGAAGAAACAGAAGCUGCACUAAAGAACUCCACUACUAUUGACCAUACCAAAAGAAUCGGGCUUUGGCGUGUAGUUGUUGUCCGCAACCUACCAUAUUCAGAUGCAAGGCGCAAUGGAAAGGUUCCAAAAUUACUACUUCAUCGGCUUUUUCCUAAUGUGCGAUAUUCAAUUUGGAUUGAUGGGAAACUUAAGCUAGUGAGGGAUCCUUAUCAGGUAUUAGAAAGAUUCUUGUGGAGGAAGAAUGUUAGCUUUGCUAUUUCCAGGCAUUACAGGCGCUUUGAUGUCUUUGAGGAAGCUGAGGCCAACAAGGCUGGUGGAAAAUAUGAUAAUGCUUCAAUUGAUUACCAAAUAGAGUUCUAUAAAAGAGAGGGUUUAACCCAUUAUUCAUCAGCUAAACUUCCUAUAACGAGCGAUGUCCCUGAGGGCUGUGUGAUAAUUAGGGAACACAUCCCCAUAACAAACCUGUUUACAUGCCUUUGGUUCAAUGAAGUUGACCGCUUCACCUCCAGAGAUCAGCUAAGCUUCAGCACGGUUAGGGAUAAAAUAAGGUCGAGAGUUAAUUGGACUGCAGACAUGUUCCUGGAUUGUGAAAGGCGUGAUUUUGUUGUUCAGUCAUACCACCGAGAACUGUUGGAACAGCGGCAGGCUACCUUAAGAGGUCGGCCUCCCCUGUGGCCUCCUAUGGUGCAGAUACAGCCAAGAAAGAUGCUUCCAGACAAUGCAGCAAAGGAACCUGGGAAGGCUUCAUCAGCCAAGAAGUUACCAGGGAAGCGUACACGUGAUAAGAAAUCAAGCUCGAAACGAAGUCAUCGAACUAAAGUAAUUGGUGGGAAGGAGGCAAUUCAACUGUAAAUCUCCUGGCAGUUUUGCUCCUAUACAAUUGCGGAUCUGACGAACAGCAUUCCAACAUGGUUUUACUAUUUAACUUGUAUUCACGCUCCCCUCCCAAAGGCUCGAAAAUUUUGUCAGGAAGUGUUGAUAGAGAACUGAAAUUCUUUGUUGUAAAUAAACAUUUUUUUUAGAUCAGAGAUGGAUUCAACUAGCGGCUGAUUCAGCUCAGUUCA